GGCCACCCUGGCAGGUCCGGUAGUGUCAGCCCUUGCUUCGUCAGCUGCUGUGGCUCCCCAUGGCUUCCCAUGGCUUCCAGGAGCCUAGCAGUGCAGUGUUUGGCGUUCAGAGCCCUUCAUCACACACACCCCCACUUCCUCUUCCUCCCCCUUAGACUGAAGCGCUGCGGAGAGAAGGGAGGGAAGACCUCGGGAGCCGCCAUGCAGCGAUCGAUAAAGUCGUUUUUCCAGCCUAUGAGUGGGGACAAAGUGAGGAAGCAGGAGGAGUCCCCCAAAAGCAGCAGGGAGAGAGAGCCCGCCUCCAAGACUGCCCUGAAAGAGAGGAAUGCCGUAGAACCUGAGAGUGAGUCCCCCGUGAAGAGGCCUAUGAGGAAAGUGCCCCGAGUCCUGGGGAGUGAAGGCGAGGAGGAGGACGAGGAGGUGGUCCCGACAGCCCCCCGAGACCAGAAGCCGAGCGUCCCCUCCCCGGCCACUUCUCCAACCAGCUCCGACCCCUCCCCCUCAGACUCCUCGCCCUGCAGCAUCUCCCCAGCGGGGAUCCCAAAGCGUCGGACAGCUCGGAAACAGAUGCAGAAACGUAAGCUACAGGAGCUCACUGAGGACCAUGAGGGCAAAGAGCCCAAGAGGCUUAAGAGGGAGGGAAGCGAGAGCACACAGGGAAGAAGCCAAGAGCCACCCACCCUGAUACCCGACAGACAGCCGGUCCCCGAGCCCGCGGGGGAGGCCCCCAAGCCGCAGGGCACUGCAGAGGAGGCGAGGCGAGGCCCGGAGCCGAAGGCGCCCACCCGGGCACCCAAGGCCUUCAGCAGCUUUUUCACCCCCCAAAAGCCAGCGACAGCAAAGCAGGACCCAAAGGAGGCAGCGGAAGAGACGUCCAGGGCGCCCCCAGACCCCGCCACCUACGACCCUUCCAAGAGCGGCUAUCACCCCGUGGACGACGCGUGCUGGAAACCAGGGCAGAGGGUCCCCUACCUCGUGGUUGCUCGGACAUUUGAGAAGAUUGAGGAGGUCUCUGCUCGGCUCCGGAUGGUGGAAACUCUGAGCAACCUCCUGCGGUCGGUGACCGCCCUGUCCCCCGCAGACCUGCUCCCCGUCCUCUACCUGAGUCUGAACCAGCUGGGCCCACCCCAGCAAGGCCUGGAGCUCGGCGUGGGGGACGGCGUGCUCCUCAAGGCGGUGGCCCAAGCCACAGGGCGGCAGCUGGAAGCCAUACGGGCCGAGAUGGCAGAAAGGGGGGACGUGGGGCUGGUGGUAGAGGCCAGCCGCAGCACCCAGCGUACCAUGCUGCCUCUGCCCCCUCUGACGGCGUCCGGGCUCCUGGGCAAGCUCCGAGACAUCGCCCGCCUCACGGGCGGCGCUUCCACAUCAAAGAAGAUCGAUAUCAUCAAAGGCUUGUUCGUCGCCUGUCGCCACUCAGAGGCCCGCUUCAUUGCCAGGGCCCUGAGUGGGCGGCUGCGCCUGGGCCUCGCCGAGCAGUCGGUGCUGGCUGCGCUUGCCCAGGCCGUGACCCUCACACCCCCCGGCCAAGAGUUUCCCCCAGCUGUGGUGGAUGCUGGGGCCGGCAAGCCAGCAGAAGCCAGGAAGACUUGGCUGGAGGAGAAAGGCAUGAUCCUGAAGCAGACCUUCUGCGAGGUGCCUGACCUGGACCUGAUUGUCUCUGCCCUGCUCAAGCACGGGCUGGACCAGCUGCCCCGGCACUGCCAGCUGACCCCAGGGGUACCCCUGAAGCCCAUGCUGGCCCACCCCACCCGCGGCAUUGGGGAAGUGCUGAAGCGCUUUGAGGAGUCUGCCUUCACGUGUGAAUAUAAGUAUGAUGGGCAGAGAGCACAGAUCCACGUCCUGGCAAACGGGGACGUGAAGAUAUUUAGCCGGAACCAGGAGGAUAACACGGGCCGGUACCCGGAUGUCAUCAGCCGCAUCCCAAAGAUGAAGCGUCCCUCGGUCGUCUCCUGCAUCCUGGACUCAGAGGCCGUGGCCUGGGACCGGGUAAAGAAGCAAAUCCAGCCCUUCCAGGUGCUCAGCACGCGCAAACGCAAGGAGGUGGAGGAGGCCGAGAUCCAAGUUCAGGUGUGCCUGUAUGCCUUCGACCUCAUCUACCUCAAUGGGCAGUCCCUGGUCCGGGAGCCGCUGUCCCGGAGGCGGCAGCUACUCCGGGAGAACUUCGUCGAGACAGAGGGCGAGUUUGUUUUUGCCACGUCUCUGGACACGGAGGACACUGAGCAGAUUGCCGACUUCCUGGAGCAGUCUGUGAAAGAUUCCUGUGAGGGCCUGAUGGUGAAGACCCUUGAUACCAAUGCCACGUAUGAGAUUGCCAAAAGAUCCCACAACUGGCUCAAGCUGAAGAAGGAUUAUCUGGAAGGCGUUGGGGACACUCUGGACCUGGUGGUGAUCGGGGCCUAUUUGGGCCGGGGGAAACGGGCCGGACGAUAUGGGGGCUUUCUCCUGGCUGCCUUCGAUGAGGACAGUGAAGAGUUCCAGGCCAUUUGCAAGCUGGGCACGGGCUUCAGUGAUGAAGAAUUAGAGGAACAUUACCAAAGCCUCCAGGCCCUUGUGAUUCCUGCUCCCCGUUCCUACGUCCGGGCUGAAGGGGCCGUACCCCCUGACCACUGGCUAGAACCAACCACUGUAUGGGAGGUUAAAUGUGCUGAUCUCUCUGUCUCCCCAAUUUAUUCAGCAGCCCGAGGGUUGGUGGAGAGCGACAAGGGCAUCUCCCUGCGGUUUCCCCGAUUUGUCCAAGUUCGAAAAGAUAAGAAACCAGAAGAGGCAACCUCCAGUGCCCAGGUGGCCUAUUUGUAUAAGAAACAGCAACAGAUUCAGAACCAGCAGGAUUCCGAAUCCCCGAACUUUGAACCUGAAGAUUUCUACUAGGUCGUCCAGUCCUACCUGGGGGAGCAGAGCAAGGGUGCCACUGUUUACUCAAUAAAAUUUUGGGGCUACA